AUGGAGGAGGAUGAGGAGGAAGAGGAUGACGAAGAAGACGAGGGUGCGCUGAGCAACAUAUUUGGUGUGUUAGCGUCUGAUGGUGUUUCAGCACUAACAGACAGACAAGCAGCAGCAGCAGCAGCAGCAGCAGCAGCAGCAGCAGAUGAGGAAGAAGAAGCAGCAGCAAACGAAAUAUUAAAUACAGAUUUAGUUUUAGUUGCUGCUGCAGCAGAACAUGACUUCAGCUCUCUUGAGUGCGGGGGUUUUCCUCUUUGUCUAGAAUGGCUGGGGUUGAUGCCGAGCUCUCCGCGGCGUAAUUUAGUUGCUGUUGAUGUGUUGGAUACACUUGAACCUGUAUAUACACUCGGACUGCAGCAGCAGCAGCAGCAGCAGCAGCAGCAGCAGCAGCAGCAGGGGGGUGGUGGGGGUAAAAAAGGAAAAAAAAAAAAUAAACAAAUUAAAUCACCGGAUGCACAUGAAGGACCUGUUAUGUCUCUUCAUGUCUCCCCAUUGAAAGAAGAGGCUCUGGCUAGCGGGAGUGCUGAUGAGACAGCGAAGGUUUGGGACUUGUCUACGGGCAGUUGCCUGGCCACAUACAAAUUCCACGAAAACAAGGUGCAAGCAGUGCAGUGGCACCCCUCAGAGGCCUCCAUGCUGUCCUCUGCUUCUUACGAUAGAACUGUGCGCCUCAUCGACGUUCGUCAGCCUCAUGUAGCGGUGAGGGUUUAG